AAAAUCUGAAGUAAUGCCGCGAAACUCCGAUUUACCCGCGCACAUAGCUUUGCCCUCUCUUUCUCUCUCCCUCUAAAAUUUCCCAUUUCUUAAGCCAAUGUGAAAACCCUCAUUCUCCAUUUCACUCUCCUUCUCUCACACCCACCAUUACAUUCUUCACGCCGCAGGAAUGGCGUCGCUCAGGAAGAGAACCCACGCUCCGAAACCAGCUAAUCACCCCAAGAUUGCUCCCAGAAAAAGAUCCAGAUCGAAGCAAGAAGAAUCGGACGAUUACAGCGACACGCGCUGCGUGAAAUGCGGGUCGGGUCAAUACCCGGCGGAGCUCCUCUUGUGCGAUAAAUGUGACUCUGGCUUCCACCUCUUCUGCCUCCGACCGGUUCUCGUCGCCGUCCCCAAAGGCCGCUGGUUCUGCCCCUCUUGCUCCGAUCAAGGAAAUCCUUCAAAUUUGACUCUUGUACAAACCAAAAUAGUUGAUUUUUUCCGCAUACAAAGGUCUUCACAACCUGCCGAAAAGCUCAGUCCAGAAAGUAAAAAGAAAAGAAGGCGAACUGGUGGCUUAGUGAUGUCGAAGAAGAGAAGGAAGUUAUUGCCUUUCAUUCCAACUGAGGAUCCUGAUAGGACAUUGGAACAGAUGGCAUCUUUAGCUACAGCACUAAAUGCAACUGGGACAGAAUUCAGUAACGAGCUGACUUAUAUUCCGGGCAUGGCUCCAAGAUCAGCAAAUUGUGCUACUCUUGAAAGAGAUGGAAUGCAGGUUAUGUCAAAAGACGACACAGAAACUUUGAAUCUCUGUAAGAAUAUGAUGGAACAAGGUGAAUGGCCACCUCUUAUGGUUGUGUUUGAUCCACGUGAAGGAUUCACUGUGGAAGCAGAUAGAUGCAUUCGAGAUUUGACAAUAAUCACAGAGUAUAUUGGAGAUGUUGACUUCCUGAAAAAUCGUGAGCAUGAUGAUGGGGAUAGCAUGAUGACUCUCCUCACUGCUGCUGACACUUCGAAAAGUCUUGUCAUCUGUCCAGAUAAGCGAAGUAAUAUUGCUCGGUUCAUCAAUGGAAUCAACAACCAUGUGCCGGGUGGGAAGAAGAAGCAAAAUGUGAAGUGUGUGAGGUUUAAUGUCAAUGGUGAAUGUCGAGUUCUUUUGAUUGCAAGCCGCGACAUCAGAAAAGGAGAGAGGCUAUACUACGACUACAAUGGAUACGAAAAUGAGUAUCCAACGCAGCACUUUGUUUGACCCCAUUGGAAUUCGAUGGUAUUUCUCUUACCACCUUUUGCCUCCCCCCGGUUUAAAUUCCGGAUGCAUAGCAGCUAAAUUAUUUGGAAAUGCGUACACCUCCGCCUGCAAUGAGGCUCUGAUCUUGUAUAAGCUGGUCCUAACAUAUUCAUUUUGUCCAUUCCAAAUUUUGUUAUGUUUUUUCUUAUAUAUUGGCACCAGCAUUCUUGACAUUAUAUAUGGCUAUUUAAAGAAAAUGAACAUAGUUCUUUCA